GGACAAAAGGCUGAAAUUUUGCAGUGCUCUGGUCUGACCUGCAUGCAGCCCUGGUCUCAAAACAAACACUGUAAAUUUCGGAGGAGAGGAGCUGAUUAAGAAACCCAAAGCCCCAAAUGAUGACUUGUAGAUGAUGUGGGCCAAAAUAACUGCAGUGACCACAAACUAUGCUUCCAGCCCAAUUAGAGCAGUGGGCGGAGAGUGCUUAAGUGGAAUCUCAGAAAAGCAAAUUGAGGACACAACAGACCUUGAAGCACUCACUGCAAAGCUGAAUGAAUGCCUGGAAUGAGGGAUUGGGUAGAAUUACCGGAGAGCUCAGAAAAUAUGUCAUCCUGCAAAGAGUACAUGUAGAUCUGAAACUAUGGAACAAAUACAGAGUCUCCAACAUUCCAUCGCUGAUAUUUAUAGAUGCUUCCACAGGGAAGGUUGUGUGCAGAAACGGCCUGUUGGUGAUCCGGGAUGACCCAGAAGGGCUGGAAUUCCCCUGGGGACCAAAGCCCUUCAGUGAAGUUGUCGCAGGGCCUCUGCUCAGAAGCAACGGCCAGUCGCUGGACAGCGCCGCCCUGGAGGGCUCUCACGUGGGGGUCUACUUCUCUGCGCACUGGUGCCCCCCCUGCCGAAGCCUCACCAGGGUCCUGGUGGAGUCCUACCGGAAAAUCAAGGAGGCGGGGCAGAAAUUUGAGAUUGUCUUUGUUAGCGCAGACAGGUCGGAGGACUCUUUUAAGCAGUAUUUCAGUGAGAUGCCCUGGCUAGCCGUCCCGUAUGCUGAUGAAGCCAGAAGAUCGCGCCUCAACCGGCUCUAUGGCAUACAAGGUAGGAAACCCUCCGAGCCCGCGUGCUCCCCUCGGGUUUCCUCUUGUUUAAAUAAAGCCAGGCACCGGCAGAGCUGCUACAUUUCUCUCCUCUGCAGAUUUAUCUUCCUUCCCCCUGCCAGCCUGUUAGCCCCUGCAGAUUCGGAGGAUGACGGGGAGAAGGAGGCAGAGAAACAGCUGAUUCAGCCGAUAGCAGAAAAAAUCAUUGCCAAGUACAAAGCCAAAGAGGAGGAGGCGCCGCUGCUGUUCUUUGUGGCGGGAGAGGACGACAUGACUGACUCCCUGCGGGAUUACACCAACCUGCCCGAAGCGGCGCCCCUGCUCACCAUCCUGGACAUGUCGGCCAGAGCCAAGUACGUGAUGGACGUGGAGGAAAUCACCCCCGAGAUCGUGGAAGCCUUUGUGAGCGACUUUCUAGCGGACAAGCUAAAACCCGAACCCAUCUGAGGGGCCGCCAGCACCGACAGACGUUAUUUAAAACGAGGUCUCUCCCUCCGCUAGCAGGUUGCUCAGCGCGUACCCAGCCUUCCUGUGGUGCCUUGUUUUACGCAGUGAAUCCUCCUCCUAAGCAGACUCCUGGAGCUGCACUUUCAGCAGGGAGUCGCUGGCGUUCGGAGACUUUGCUUGUGCUUCAUGGUGAUAUAUCCUCUACUAACCAGGCCAGCACUGUUGCCAUAGCGUUAUUUUAUACACGGCACUAGCUAGCAGGCAGAUGUUUUGCAUGGUGUUCUUGCCAACUUAAGCAUCAGGCAGUGGACUAGGGUUCUUGGGGCUCUGCUACUCCUCCUCCCUUCUCAUCUUCAUCCAUCUUUCCUCUCCCUUCCCUUUCCCUGAUCGACCGUGCCAAUGAAGCAAUAAAACAAUACACCACUUGGUCACCCAUCUUUCUGUCCCUAGGCAGUAGCAGGGAGCCCACGGUGCAGAGUAACUGUUGAAAUGCGGAUUGCUCACGAUGCAGCAAAGGUCUUCCUCCUCCUCCUCCUCCUGAGUCUAACCUGUUCUAGGUUGGCUUUACGCCCCCACCAAACUCACAGCAGCCUUAGUUACGGGCCAGCUGUGUGCCUGGGAGGGCAAUCCACGAACCCACAUACACCCUCCACCCCGAGCCAAAAGGAGACACAAUUCAGGGCUACCCUGACCCUCCUCUGCUGGUGGUGCUGGUGUUUUGUCAUUCUCUCUUGCCCUUUUCUUCCCCCUCGCCCUGGCUGUGGUAUGAAAUGUCGUCCCCGUGCAUUAGUUGACCAAGAUGGUCUUUGUAGCUCUUUCCCAAGCCCCGCCUUAAUGGUGCUGUUCUAAACACAACCCCAAGCAGCUCAGCUGAGCCCCCAGAAAACUGACAUUGUAAAAACAGUACAUGGUGAUUGGACCUUUGUAAUAAAAUGGUUGCAGUCA